AUUCUUAUUGCAGAUGGACCCCGGCAGAUUCAAAAGAAAGUAGUUGUAACCUAUGACCGAAGAACUAUUGACUUCACAGACUUCCAUAUUGGGUGAUCCCUGGAUACCGAUCUACAGAAAGUCUGUAGAUUUUGGUGCCAACCAUUUUGAACUGGCAAUGUCCAAUAUCAUCAAAGAACCAAAUAUCAACUCCACCGUGAUCAUGAGAGCAGAUAUCCUUAAAGAGAACAUAUAUGACCCUAAACACGGAGAUACCAUGUUUGUUAGUAAACUAAUUCAUCAGACUCCGGAGUUCCCAGGAUCAGAAAACACCCAAGACGAAGUACUCCAUCGCGAUUUACAUGAUGUUGAGAUCAGGGAGAUUCCCAAUAAUGGUGGGCUUCAAUUGACCAAAAAGUGUGAGUUGGUGAGGAGAAUCAUUCCUCGUAAUCCGUUCAAAGAUCAUAUCAUAAACCAAACAUGUUUAGUCUUGACUGGGGAAGAUGCCGUCCUUGUGGUUUAUAUUCCACAUAUAGCCACUAAGGAGGAGAUCCCAUUUUAUUUACCCCCAGUGUAUGGAAUUGGGAUUUUGUAUCAUAAAGGACAGGUUUCUAUUCAUUAUCUUCCAUUUGAUGAACCAGGAUCCACCACUGAGCACGAUUUGUUGAAAUCUAUGCCUGCAGCAGAACGUCCCAUUAGAAUUGCAUAUAGACUACUAGAAACAUCAUCCAAGCAUUCAGGCGGUGUUAAAUCAGGGUAUGAAAAACGAGUCAAUCACGAUUUGGUGGUUCCCAAGAUUGAAUUUCAAAACAGGUACAUUAGUUUAAAGAAGAAAUAUUCUUCCAAGCUAGUGAAUGAAUGGUGCGAAAGUACUGAUCCCAAGAAACAUGUGUUUGAAGAUUUGGCAAUUGCUGCGUUCUUAAUUGAAUACUGGAUUUUGAAGAAGUACAACAAGGAUGAAUUUGAGUUUAGAGAUUUGGGUUGUGGCAAUGGGUUAUUGGUGUACAUAUUGAACAUGGAAGGGUACAGGGGGAAAGGUAUAGAUGCAAGAGCUCGUAAGUCGUGGGCGAUCUACCCUGAAGAAGUGCAGCAAAAUUUAUUAGAACAAAUAAUUGUCCCCAGUGUAUUACUUAAACCACAUCCUGCGGUAUCCAAGAUGGACCCAAACAUCCAAGACAAUGGGAGAAGAUUCAAACAAAUAGACAAGAGCGAAUCGGGAGUAAAUGUUUCAUUUCAUACUUCCGAAUCACUCCUUCACUCUCCAAAAGUGUGCACAACUGAUGAAUUCCCACCAAACACAUUUAUUAUUGGAAAUCAUUCCGAUGAAUUGACGUGUUGGAUCCCAUUAUUGGGUUUCCCAUUCAUAGUGAUUCCAUGUUGCUCGCAUGCUUUGAACGGAGCUAAAAUGAGAUAUCCACCACGUAAAGCUCCAACAAACACUCCCCAGAAUUCAACAUAUGCAUCCUUAGUGGAUCAUGUUGAAGAUCUUUCGAUUUUGAUGGGAUGGAAAGUCGAAAAGGAAAUGUUGAGAAUACCAAGUACUAGAAACGGAGCUAUUAUGAGUAAUGAAAGAAUCCAGCCGUUCCAACAAGAGCCUGAAGAAAUCAAGCAAAUGAGAGUGUUGGACAUUAUUGCCAUGGAGGGAGGGGCAGAAGGAUGGGUUGAGAAUCUGAUGAAAUUAAUGACAAAAGAGCCUAGAAAUCAUUAGCUGUAGUUGAUAGAUAAUAUAGAUUGUAUAUGUUAGUAUAAAGUUUUCGCAACCAUAAAAAAAA